AUGCUGUACUUCCAGGUGGUGAUUCUGGUGGCGACGGUGAUGCUGGUUUACUACUGUGAGUUCACUGACACUUUCAGUCCAGCACAGCAGGGCUUCAUCUGCAGAGACCCAGCUUUAACCAAACCAGAUCCUGGACCUGAGCAGCUCAGCCUCAUCCAGCCUGUGAUACUGUACUCGGUGGUGGGUGGGCUGCCGGUUGUACUGAUUUCCGGUGUAGAGCUAGUUAUCUUCCUCCUUCACCACAACUUAAACAACCUUUACGACCAAGACAAGGUCGUUGUCAUGGGUGACUGUUGCUAUGUGAACCCAAUGGUGCGCAGGACUGUCCGUUUCCUUGGUGUGUAUGUCUUCGGCCUGUUCACGACAGACAUCUUUGUCAACGCCGGUCAGCUGGUCACAGGAAGUCUGGCUCCUUAUUUCCUGUCUGUGUGCCAGCCCAAUUACACUGCCCUCAGCUGCCAAGACACAGCGCACUUUGUCAGCCAAUCAGACGCCUGUACUGGUGACCCUGAUGACAUCAUGAGAGCCAGGAAGACGUUUCCCUCCAAAGAGGCUGCACUGAGUCUGUACACAGCAGUUUAUCUGGCAAUGUACGUCAUGUCCUGCAUCGGUACCAGCGGAGGUCGACUGACAGGCCCCCUCCUCAGUCUGUCAUUGGUCAGUCUGGCUGUGCUGACAGGCAUCAACCGAGUGGCCGAGUACCGAAACCACUGGAGUGACAUUAUAGCGGGACAAGUCAUCGGGGGAGCCAUCGCUGUCUUUCUUGUGGCGUUUGUGGUACAGUACUUUAAGAAGAGACCUCUGAUUCCUCAGAGUCCUUCUGACGCUGGCACAUCUAACACCGAUGAGGCUUCACCUCAAACUGAUCACAACAUGGAAACCUCUGGCAAAUAUAAUCCCGCACAGGUAAAGUGA